AUGGGAGAAGGAAACCAAACUUCUGUGGCUGAAUUUAUCUUGCUGGGACUUUCACAGGAUCCAAAGAUCCAGAUCCUGCUGUUCUGUGUUUUCCUUACCAUUUAUCUUCUCUCUAUGCUUGGAAACUUGCUUAUAAUAAUCCUUAUUCAAACUGACUCUCGACUUCACACUCCCAUGUACUUUUUCCUCAAAAACUUGUCCUUUGCAGACCUCUGUUUCUCUACAAGCAUCAUUCCUCAGAUGUUGGUCCACUUCCUCGUGAAAAGGAAAACCAUUUCCUUUGCUGUAUGCUCACUGCAGAUAACUGUCUUCCUUCUAGCGGGGUGUACAGAGUGUGCACUCCUGGCAGUGAUGUCCUAUGACCGCUACGUGGCUGUCUGCAAGCCCUUGCAUUAUUCCACUGUCAUGACCCAGAGGGUGUGUGUCCAGUUGGCCAUAGUGUCUUGGAUCAGUGGGGCAUUUGUAUGUUCAGUGGACAGUGCAUUUACACUGUGUCUCCCUUACCAGGGACAAAAUAUAAUUAAUCAUUAUUUUUGUGAACCUCCUGCACUCCUGAAGCUGGCUUCAGCAGACACCUACAAUGCUGAGAUGGCUCUCUUUUCAAUGGGUGUGAUUAUCCUCUUAGCACCUCUCUCCCUCAUCCUUGUCUCUUACUGGCAUAUUAUCUCAACAGUGAUUCAGAUGCAGUCAGAAGAGGGGAGGCUCAAGGUCUUUUCUACCUGUGGCUCUCAUCUCACUGUUGUCGUUCUCUACUAUGGUUCUGGAAUUUUUGCCUACAUGAGACCCAAUUCCAAGACAAUGAAUGAAAAGGAUAAAGUCAUCUCUGUGUUCUAUUCAGUUAUGACUUCCAUGUUGAACCCCAUAAUUUAUAGCCUGAGGAACAAGGAUGUGAAGGGAGCUCUCAGGAGACUGGUUAGAAGAUAA